AUGACCAGUAAAAAACAUGCCCUUGACUAUGAUACUGAUUAUGACAGCGACAAUGGAGGCAUUAAUGAUCGGGCAGGAAAACGUAUAAAAUUGGAUACGCUAUUUAAGAAUUUGAAAUUGGACGAGAAUAAACCAGCGGGUUCGUCGAGUAAUGGUAAGGAAAAGGAGUACUUUCUUCCCAAUUUUAAGUCACCGCUUGGUGGAGGAAUAUUUAAAACCAAGCCUGCGCCUCGAAGCUACACCUCAUCACAUCUCGACUCUUUUAUAAAUGACAGAAUCGUCAACCAUUUUCAAAAUAUUAUUACAUCAGGCUUGAAAGUCAUACCGUGGUACAACUACCGAUUUCUUGUUUUGUAUCGAUUGCAGAAGUGGUUUGUCAAGUUAUUUAACCGAUUUAUCAGAAAAUACAACACAAAGAAUAACUCAUCCAUCAGACCGUUCAAGAAUCAUGAGCAAAUUAUCCAAUUGGUGCGAGAUGGGCUCUUAUCGUGGAAUGACUUGAGAAACAUUAUCAACGAGGAAAAUAAAUUGGAGAUCAAGCGACUAUCGUUGAAGGAGGAAAAACGACAGGCAAAGAAAGAUGAUAAAAUGAUUGAAGAAGAAACUGAGACUUUUAAGGAGUUGGGGUACAACUAUUGGGACAAUUUAAAGUUUGAUAAGGAUUUGGACAUGUUAGAUGCAAAUAUGAUGGACGAACCUGAGUUGGGCCAGUUGGCUGAAGAAAACGAUGUGCCAAUGGACGAAGAAGGGACGGAUUCAGGACGAGUGGAAGCAAACUAUGGAUCGUACUAUCAUAAGGAAUGA